GCUUUUAUUUCUCUUUAAUCACUCAGGAAAUUCCAGAUCCUUCUUCCCCAAACCCUAACCGGCCCCUUCCCCCUUCCGGACCUCGAUGGCGCUCGAUCUCCCCUGCGAUGGCGAUGGCGUCUGCAUGGUCUGCAAGGUGGCUCCCCCUGAGGCGGAGCUCGUGCUCUGCCGCACCUGCGUCUCGCCGUGGCACGCGCAGUGCCUCUCCAAGCCGCCUGAGUCCAUGGCCGUCGUCGCGCAGUGGCUUUGCCCCGACUGUAACCCGCCCGAGGAGGGCCUCACCGCUGCUCCCGUUAGCGGCAACGCUGAACUCAUCGCUGGAAUAAGGGCUAUUGACGCCGACCAAAUGCUAACGGAGGCGGAGAAGGCCAGGCAGAGGCAGGCCCUCGUCGGCGGAGGUAAGGCCGCCGUAGCGGAGAGCGAUGAGGAGGAAGAAGAGGACCAGAAGGCGAGUAGAGGGAAAGGGAUUGGAAGUGUUCUCGACUUGCUCGACGAGAAGUUUAACUGCUCCUUCUGCAUGCAGCUGCCCGAACGCCCUGUCACUACACCAUGUGGUCAUAAUUUCUGUUUAAAAUGCUUCCAAAGAUGGGUUGGUCAGGGUAAACUCACUUGUGCCAAGUGUCGUUCUCCAAUCCCGUCCAAAAUGGCAGAACAACCUAGAAUCAACUCUGCUGUUGUUGCUGCAAUUCGUAUGGCAAAGGCUGCAAAAUGCAAUAUGUCUGCUGGUCCAACAGCUGUAUAUCAUUUCAUACGAAAUGAGAACAGACCUGAAAAAGCAUUUACCACUGAACGAGCUAAGAGAGCUGGGAAAGCCAAUGCUUGUAGUGGACAAAUCUUUGUUACUGUUCCUCCUGAUCAUUUUGGCCCUAUACUCGCAGAAAAUGAUCCGAAAAGAAGCCAAGGUGUUUUGGUUGGUGAGACAUGGGAAGAUAGAAUGGAAUGCAGACAAUGGGGUGCUCAUUUACCCCAUGUGGCAGGUAUUGCUGGCCAGUCUGAUUAUGGUGCUCAGUCAGUUGCACUUUCUGGUGGAUACAAAGAUGAUGAAGAUCAUGGAGAAUGGUUCCUUUAUACCGGCAGUGGCGGAAGAGAUUUAAGUGGAAACAAACGCACAAACAAGGAACAGGCCUUUGAUCAGAAAUUUGAGAAACUCAAUGCAGCAUUAAAAGCUAGUUGCCUCAAAGGAUAUCCUGUUCGAGUGGUGAGGUCUCACAAGGAAAAGCGCUCGUCGUAUGCUCCUGAGAUUGGUGUUCGCUAUGAUGGGAUAUACAGGAUUGAAAAGUGUUGGAGGAAGGUUGGAGUUCAGGGUUUCAAGGUAUGCAGGUAUCUUUUUGUUCGAUGCGAUAAUGAACCUGCGCCAUGGACAAGUGAUGAUCAUGGUGAUCGGCCUCGUCCUUUGCCUCCCAUUAAAGAACUAAAGAAUGCAACUGAUGUCAUAGAAAGGAAGGAAAGUCCAGCAUGGGAUUAUAAUGAGAAACAUGGAUGGAAAUGGAUGAAACCUCCACCAGUCAGUAGAAAACCUAUAACCACUGGAAAUCUAGAUGAAAGCAAGUCUGUAAAGAAAGCAAGAAAGGUAGCACAGAAUAUGUCUGUAAAAGAGAUGGUUUUGAAAGAGUUUAGUUGCCUACUGUGUCGGAAAGUUAUGAGUCUGCCACUUACCACUCCUUGUGGGCAUAACUUUUGCAAGUCUUGCUUGCUUGAUGCAUAUGCUGAUAAGUCAUUUGUUCGAGAAAGGACUCGUGAAGGUGGCCGUACCCUCAGAGCACAGAAAAUUGUCAAAAAGUGUCCCUUUUGUCCCUCUGAUAUAUCUGAAUUUUUGCAAAAUCCUCAGGUAAAUAGGGAGUUGAUGCAGUUGAUUGAAUCACUUCAACAAAAGACUGAAGCACAAGAGGAUGAAAAUAGUGAGGUUGCUGAAAUGUCUAGCGAAGAUGGCCUCGAAGUCAUUGAGGAAAAGAAUCCUGUCGAGUCUGUUGAUGGCAAUUCAGAUGUUAAUGCGGCCAACUCUGAAACUGAAGCUAGCAUAGCAAUUCAAACAUCACGAAAGCGAAAAUGUUCAGUUCUAUCAGUUGUUGCUGAGGUCCUUAACGAAGAAAUCACCAGUGUGGAUGCGUAAGUAAUGUGGCCUUGAGUCAUAAUUCUUAAACGGAAUCUAUUUUGCAGAUAUGAACUUCCAUUCUAUGGAUAUAUACUUGGAUUUAAAAUUAGAAUGUUGUUUUUGAGAAAUUCUAUUUGAAGAUGCCUUAUUGAAGAUUUGGCAUCUCUUUAGCUGUUUAAACAUUAGUUUUUAAACUAGUGCUAUGAUUAACAUAUCUAUUCUGUUCUUUUGCCUACUAUA